GUGGGAGGUGUUAAAUCAGUUAUUUUGAUGCUGAGAGCUCGGGCAGUAUGGACUCCGACAUUAAGGCCUAUCUUCAGAAACAAAGUUCAUAAUAAGGAACACUUGAAACAGGACUCUGCAGGAAUAAUCAGCCUGCGGUUGUUGUUCUUCUCCCCGGCAUGGCGAGCUCGGACUGCGGGGAUAAAGCGGCGGAAACGGGGCGGAGGAUGUGAAGUGGUCCAGCCGAAUAAAUAAGAUAUGACUCUUUCUUUCUACCCAGCCUGGCACCAUGACGGCGUCGAUGAUAUAGAUGAAAUCAUAAGGCAACACUGACAUUUUAAAAAAGGAGGUUUCGUGUUGACUGCAGGUUACCGAGAGACAGCUGCACAGCACCCGGCUUUGGAGCGCCGGAUCCCCGCUUGGAAGCACAUGAAGGGUCGGUGGUGCCCGGGCCGUGUGGAGGUCUGUCCUCUAUGAUUGAGGUACUAUUUCGGGGAUAUUUUUGGCAUGCAGAUCACGACGUUUAAGUCGGCGUAACAAAGGUCUCCAACCUCCCCUCACCCCUCUCCUCCCCUGGGAUCAUUGGAACGCCCCGUCACUCCCUCCCUCCUCCUCCCCCUCUUCCAGAAAAGACCAGCACAGGGAGGGAUUUUCGGAUCCCUAACUCCUCCCCUCUCUCUGACCUCCAUCACCUUUCUCCGUCAUCAUGGUCACCUGGUCGUUCCGUGACGGUCUUUAGUGCCCUCAAGCAGGGCGCUAAAUCCUGAAGUGUUGUGGAGGAUGAGCCGACGACGUUCACAGUGGAAAUGUGACACUCUUGAAUGAUUUAUGAGGAAGGAAAGUGCGAGUCAUAAGGAGUUCAGCUGUGCUUCAAACUGCCUCCUGGAGUGACCAGCAGUGCAUUCUGGGAGCUUAAAGUGCCUUGCCCGAGGGAACGCCAGCGGGGCCAAAGACAUGUACAGCAAGAGAACCAAACUCCAAAAGCUGUUUGAGCUGCUUUUGUGAUUGUCUCACCUCCUCACCUCCAUCCCUCCAUCUUUUCUCCUCCUUCUUUAAUUUGGCGACUCUAAGCCAAAGGCCCUAGGUGUCUACUCCUUUCCUUUCCCCUCCCUCACUUCCUCCCCCCUCCCUCUUUGGUUUCUCUAAUAGACGGCCUCACCUCGCCUCCACCAUUCGCCCCUCCCUCGCAACGGCUGUCCUCCCCCCUCGCCCCCGCCCCCAGUCAUCCUCCCCCUCCCCGUCCCUCACCACCCCUACCACCACCUCCUCCUCCUCCGCCCCUUCCUCCCCCCACCACCAUCACCACCACCACCAUCCUCACCCUCAGCCCCACUCCCACCACCACCAGCACCAACAUCACCACCACCAACUCUCCUCCUCACCCCCACGCUUCUCACCCCCUCCCUUCACUACCUCCUCCUCCUCUCCUGCGGUGACCAUGGCGAUGGCUGCAACCUCUUCCUCUUCCUCACCCACCUCGUCCCCAUCAACGGCCAACGGCAGCGCCCGGGAACACCUGCUGGCGGUGCGACGGCGCACCCCGCACUCACGGCCAUACACGAUAGGCCCCGAUAACCUCCGCAGCCUGGCGGUUCAAGGUGGCGCCUCCACCUCUGCAUCCUCCUCUUCCUCAGUUAUGUCUUCAGGGAACCCAUCAGAAGCGCCGGUGGGGCUCCAAAGGGCCAACAGCGACACAGACUUGGUGACAUCAGACAGCCGCUCGUCGCUCACAGCUUCUACGUACCAGCUGACGCUCGGGCACAACCACCUUGUCAUCUCCUGGGACAUCAAGGAGGAAGUGGACGCCACGGACUGGAUCGGCCUGUACCACAUCGAUGAGGCGUGUGUGGCCAACGUGUGGGACUCCAAGAAUCGGGGCGUGAACGGCACCCAGAGGGGACAGAUUGUGUGGAGGCUGGAGCCGGGACCCUACUUCAUGGAGCCAGAGACAAAGGUCUGCUUUAAAUACUAUCACGGUGUAAGUGGAGCGUUAAGAGCAACAACACCCUGCAUCACCGUCAAGAACCCGGGAGUACUGGUUGGCAGUGAAGGCCAAGGUGAGGACCAAUCAGGGACGGAGCACUGUAGGAAACUCGUCAGCUUCACCCUAUCAGAUAUCCGCGCCGUCGGCCUCAAGAAGGGCAUGUUCUUCAACCCCGACCCCUACCUGAAGAUGUCCAUCAAGCCUGGGAAGAGGAGCGGCCUCCCCAAGUUCACCCACCACGGCCAGGAGAGGCGCUCCUCCAUCAUCGCCAACACCAUCAACCCUGUGUGGCACAGCGAGAAAUACACCUUCGUGGCUCUGAUGACCGACGUGUUGGAGAUCGAGGUGAAGGAUAAGUUCGCAAAGAGCAGACCGAUCAUCAAGCGGUUUCUGGGUCAGCUGAUCAUCCCCGUGCAGAGACUUCUGGAGGGGCCGACAGCUGACGAUCAGCCUGUCAGCUACAGCCUGUGUCGCCGUCUUCCCACGGACCACGUGAGCGGGCAGCUGCUGUUCAGAGUGGAUCUCACCUCCACCGGACAAGAAGAAGCUUCUCCAGACGCCAUGGGCAGCAUCCUCGGUGGUGCAGUAAACGGCGACCCUGGCAGCCCCUCAGACGACGAAGACCUUCCUCACCUAUCCUCACGCCUCACGUAUGGAGCUUCCCCCACUGGGUCCGACGAGGGUUCCCUGAUAGUCAAUGGCUCCUGCUACUACGGCGAGGACAGCGUGUGGCGGGAAGCUGGACAAAUGAGGGAGGAGGACCUGCUUCCUUUAGCGCUGGGAGGCCACACACAUCGUCAGGUGUCGCUCAACGACUACCUGGACGCCAUCGAGUCGCCCAGGAGCCCCGGGGAUCGGUCUCUGGCGGGGCCAUCGCCGAAACUCCGCUCUAGCUUUCCGACAGACACGCGGCUCAAUGCCAUGCUGCACAUAGACUCGGAUGAGGAUGAGGAAACGGGGCAACAAAGGGAGACGUCGCCGGAGGCGAGGACACAGCAGAGCGCAGACUCAUCGAGGAGGUCGGAUACAGCAGAGUCUCAGCAAGGAAGCGAGGGCUCUAACGGAGAGCACACUGAAGCUGGAGCAACAGAGGCAGGUUCCUCUGCUGGUGCUCAGUCUGGAUCUGAGCUUGACGGGGCUGAAGCUGGAGCUGCAGAAGGUACAGCUGGAGAACAAACACCACCCACUUGCGAGACUACAGCUGGGGCUGAAGAGGUGGCGGCGGCCGCUGCAGGCCCCAGCGGAGAAACUACAACGGCUUCCAGCUCCUCUCAGGCAUCAGGAGCUGCAGCAGGAGCCGCAGCCGGGCUGGGAGAGUCUGCAGCUGAGUGCACCUGUCAGGAGCAGGGCAGGAGGAUGAGUGCACAGCUGGAGGUACCCUACAGCCCUCCACUCGGUCCACUUUCACCCAUUCAGGAGGUGGACACAAGAAAAGAAGUGGCUCCAAAGGCGGAGGAGGAGGGGGCGGAGUCAUCGAGCAGCGAGGCAAACGGGCCAAUAGCUGCAGCUGCUCCCGCCAGCAGCAACGCAGCAGAUCAGGGAGGAGGGACGUCUGAAGCUGAAGCAGGAGCCACAGGCGGGGAGGCAGAGGAGGAAGGAGGGGAGGUGUGGAGGAGGAGGCAGUCCAUGCAGGCGUCAGGGGGCGUGGACCCAAAUCAGGAGGCGGGCGGGGCCAGGGACGGUCAGAACGGGACGGCGGGUGCGGAGCUGGGUGCCACAGCUCAGGUGAAUGGCCAUCAGUCUGUCCGCAACCUUCCAACUAUCCGCCAUGACAUCAACCGCUACCAGAGGGUGGACGAGCCGCUCCCACCCAACUGGGAGGCUCGUAUCGACAGCCACGGACGGAUCUUUUACGUGGAUCACGUGAACAGGACCACGACUUGGCAGCGUCCUACCGCUCCGGCUGCCCCACAGACCCUUCAGAGGUCCAACUCCAUCCAGCAAAUGGAGCAGCUGAACCGCAGGUAUCAAAGUAUAAGAAGGACGAUAACCAAUGACAGCAGGCCGGAGGAGCAGCCAGCCAAUGAGGUGCCGACAGAUGAGACCGACAUGCAGCCCUCCAUCCCAGAGCUGCGUCGGGACAACAGCGUGACUCAGUCCAGCUCCAGGUCUCGCCUCACCCUGCUGCUCCAGUCUCCCUGCGCGAAGUUCCUCACCAGCCCCGACUUCUUCACUGUGCUACAUUCCAACCCUAGUGCCUACCGUAUGUUCACCACCAACACGUGUCUGAAGCACAUGAUCAGUAAGGUUCGGCGGGAUACUCAUCACUUUGAGCGCUACCAGCACAACCGGGACCUGGUGGCCUUCCUCAACAUGUUUGCCAACAAACAGCUGGAGCUGCCCCGAGGCUGGGAGAUGAAGCACGACCACACCGGCAAGCCUUUCUUCGUGGACCAUAACUGCCGUGCCACCACCUUCAUCGACCCCCGGCUUCCUCUCCAGAGCACUCGACCCCCGAGUGUCCUGGCUCACCGUCAACACCUGACCCGCCAGCGCAGCCACAGCGCCGGGGAAGUUAGCCCUCGACGACUGGUGGGCGACGACCCUCGACACGCCGGGCCGCCGGUCCUGCCGCGGCCUUCUAGCACCUUCACCUCUGCAAGCAGGGGGCAGUGCCAAGACAUGGUGCCAGUGGCAUACAACGACAAAAUUGUGGCGUUUUUACGACAACCAAACAUCUUUGAGAUUUUGCAGGAGAGGCAGCCCGACUUGAUCCGGAACCAUUCACUCAGGGAGAAGGUGCAACUGAUCCGCACAGAUGGAGGGUCGGGAUUGGCCAGGCUGUCAGGGGACGCUGACCUCGUCAUGCUGUUGAGCCUCUUCGAAGAUGAAGUAAUGUCCUACGUGCCUCCUCACGCCUUACUUCACCCCAGCUACUGUCAGUCACCUCGAGGCUCGCCUGUCUCCUCCCCUCAAAACUCACCUGGUACUCAGAGAGCUAACGCCAGAGCCCCCGCACCCUACAAGAGAGACUUUGAGGCCAAACUGCGCAACUUCUACAGGAAACUGGAGACGAAAGGCUACGGCCAAGGACCAGGGAAACUAAAGUUGAUCAUUCGCAGAGAUCACCUGCUGGAAGACGCCUUCAACCAGAUCAUGUGCUACUCCCGCAAAGACCUGCAGCGUAGCAAGCUCUAUGUCAGCUUCGUCGGGGAGGAGGGGUUAGACUACAGCGGACCCUCCAGAGAGUUCUUCUUCCUGGUGUCCAGAGAGCUCUUCAACCCUUAUUACGGUCUGUUUGAGUACUCCGCCAACGACACCUACACCGUCCAGAUCAGCCCCAUGUCGGCUUUCGUAGACAAUCACCACGAGUGGUUCCGGUUCAGUGGUCGUAUUCUAGGUUUGGCUCUGAUCCAUCAGUACCUGCUGGACGCCUUCUUCACACGCCCCUUUUAUAAAGGCCUGCUGCGCAUCCAGUGUGAGCUGAGUGACCUGGAGUAUCUGGACGAAGAGUUCCACCAGUCGCUGCAGUGGAUGAAGGAUAACGACAUCGAGGACAUGCUGGACCUCACCUUCACCGUCAAUGAGGAAGUCUUCGGACAGAUCACAGAAAGAGAGCUGAAGCCUGGCGGAGCGAACAUCCCUGUCUCCGAGAAGAACAAGAAGGAAUACAUCGAGCGGAUGGUGAAGUGGAGGAUCGAGAGGGGAGUGGUGCAGCAGACGGAGAGCCUGGUCAGAGGCUUUUACGAGGUGGUGGAUGCCAGGCUGGUGUCGGUGUUUGACGCCAGAGAGCUGGAGCUGGUGAUCGCCGGCACAGCGGAGAUCGAUUUAUCAGACUGGAGGAACAACACGGAGUACAGAGGAGGUUACCAUGAUAACCACAUAGUGAUCCGGUGGUUCUGGGCAGCGGUGGAGAGGUUCAACAACGAGCAGAGACUGCGGCUCCUGCAGUUUGUGACCGGGACGUCAAGUAUUCCUUAUGAGGGCUUUGCUUCUCUGAGAGGCAGCAACGGACCCCGCAGGUUCUGUGUGGAGAAGUGGGGGAAGGUCACCUCACUGCCCAGGGCCCACACCUGCUUCAACCGGCUCGACCUGCCCCCCUACCCGUCUUUCUCCAUGCUGUAUGAGAAGAUGCUGACGGCCGUGGAGGAGACUAGCACCUUCGGGCUGGAAUGAGACCCUCGCUCGUCCACCGACCAACUUCUCAGCUCCUCCCAGUCCAACCCUCCAGAACCGCUGGGUUGUAAAAGCUGGAUUUAACGUCAGAUUAGUUUUAAUUUAUAACGGGCUCUAUUUUAUAACAGAGGAUGAAAGGACCUUUGAACCUGAUGCCCUGUGUACAGAGGUAUACUGAACUUUUUGUUGCACUUGCACGUAUUUGGCACCUACUCGGUAACACACGCGCUCACCUGUGUGAUUGGACGAAUGACGACCCCGCACUGCCUUUUUGGGACCAGAAUCAUAACUGCCAGGGUUUGAUGACAGAAGAUCUUUUUUUAAUCCCAGACUAUCUCUUUGAUACCAGGAAGUAAAAGUUAAAGAUCAAAGAAGAAGCAACCACUGCCUUCACUGUAAACACUGAGAGGACUCUGCCUCUUUUAUUCUAGCUCUGAUGGACCUGUGAGGAACACCUGGGCCGUGUCUGGAACUGCGAGCUUCAGUGACUCCCUCGACGCAGUGCGGCGACUCCUUGUGGCCUGUCGUAGUCAAUGCACGAGGAGAUGUAGGUGGUGCAUUUGUUUUUCAGAUGUUUCUCAAAGCCUUUUGGAGGAAGCGACUUUGGUUGGGUUUGUGUGGGUUUUUUCCAGUGAACUUCUUGACAGUUUUGCAGAACCCAAACAGAAGCUUUGGUAUCGUUGUUACAGAAUUUUCAUCUACAAAAAAAAAGUGGUUUUCUAAUAAUGUGGCAGUGACAUGUUGUGAUUUGAAUGUAACUAACUCUCUGAUGUUGAUAGUGUGGGAGAUAUUUUGAAUCAGUUUGCAAAAAAAGACUAAAUCUGGCCACCACUUCCUUUGAUUAAGUGAAUGAAGUUACAGAGUGCAAAAGUUUGGAUGACAUUUAAACAACCUUUGAGUCGGCACUAUUUUCCUCAAGUAUCCUGACAGUCCUCUAAACACUGAAGACUUGGACUGAGAAAAAUGUUCCAGAGGCGGAUCUAGAAAGUUAACAUCAGGAGGUAAAGCUUCCCUUUCCCACUGAACUCUUCCUAUGACACGUUGCUCCCUUGUCUGAAUCCUUGUUUUGCUUCAAAGGAGCAAAUACAUGAGCAAGAUUUGGACUCUCAUUUCCAUCAUGGCCUAAUCAGUUUCUGCAGACAACUCUUAAACUCUGUUUAUUUUCAAGUAAGUACAGCUUGUUCACCGUCUUCUGUUUGCAGAACGCCCCACAGUACCUUUAAUGGACAUUUAAAAAGUGUCACUUCAUCUACAGCACUUGCUCCCAACAGUCAAAAUGUCUCAGUGAUUUCAGUCAAUAAUUGAAUAGUGUUUGCAAUCUACUGCUGACUAAAGUAGUGAGUGUCCAUUAUGUUGGUAUAAUUGAUGAAUUAAAGGUCCAAAUGAAAGGACCGGUCUAACAGAAGCUGUAUAAUGUUUAAGCUAACGUUAACGUACGAUACCUUCCAGGUUUUCUUCCAUUUUUAAAAGUUGGUACUUUAUUGUCUAAGUAUUGUAGACAUGUGAGGGACCAUUUAAUGAUUGACAUUUACAGUUUUAUCAUUUUAGGAGCUGAAAUGUUCUUGGUGGUUGCUCUCCCCCCAUCGCCUCCUUCUAGAUCCGCGCCUGAGAGCCACAAAGUGUUCGGAAGCUCGACUACAGUCAGUCUAUCUUGAUUUCCAGCUGCCAUUUUUAACAUUUAUUUCAUAUCAGUGAAGGAAGACUUGAUCCACAUAAAUCAUGCGGCACAAAAAUGUGUUUUCUUGUCAUUGUUCAUGGCUCUGUUCCUCUUUGGCACCAUGAUAAGACGCUCUGAAAGAUGAGGUGUGUUUUCCUUUCUUUGCUCUUUUUACACAUGUGGUGUUGCCUACUUGUGUAUUGGUUUUGCGUGGCUGGUUUUGAUGACACAUGCUGUAUGUAAAUCUCUGUUUCCUGGAUUUGCACUCUGUCCUCUUUUCAAUAUUGAACGAAUUGUAUCAACUCACUGGUAAUAUUAAUUUAAUCACAUUGUUAGUGAUGUUCACGUGGAGGAGCGCUCAGAACAGACUGAAAAGCAUUAAGUUAACAGGAAAGCAUGACACUUUUAUGUAUUACAAACAUCCUCUUUUGUACAUUGAACCACUCGUAAACAUCCUCUUCACUCCCCGACCUCGUCCUCUCCCGCACUAUGAAUGUAAGCACGCCUUGAACUGCCGUACUGGAAUAAAAGUGUCCACAUGUUGGCCUACAUCCCCUAAAAAA